AUGAAGAAUUCUAGAACUCCUACUAAAUCAAAAGGUCAACCAUCGAUAAGUAGGUUCUUCAAAAGUUCUCCUAAAAAGCAAUCAACACCGCCACAACAACAGAAUGUUCAAACAAUAAAUAUUGAUGAUGAUGGCGAUGACCAAAUUGUUGAAAUCAUUAAUAAUGAUGAUAUAAAUGAAAUCAAACCUUCAACUGUUAAAACCGAGGUGGAAAUACCCAAUGAAAUAAAUAUUGAACGUAAGAAACAAUUCCAAUAUGAGAAAACUACAGAUAUACCCAUUAUAAAUCCAACUACUGAACAAAUUUUACUUCGAGAAAGUUUAAAGGAAAAAUUAAGUCAAAAAUUCUCUACAAAUAACAAUCCACCCAAUGGAGUUGAAGAAUCACAACCUCAAAGUGAUUUAGAAGAUGAUCAAACACCACAACCACCACCAAAGAAGAAACAAAAAACCUCAAAACAAUCAAAAUUAACACCGUUAGAUCAACAAGUUAAAGAUCUUAAAUUAUUACAUUUAGAUAAAAUAUUAGCUAUUCAAGUUGGUUAUAAAUAUAAAUUUUAUUGUGAAGAUGCUGUUAAAGUUCAUAAAAUCCUAAAUAUUAUGCUUGUCCCGGGGAAAAUCAAUAUUAUUGAUGAAUCUCCAACUGAUAAAUUAUAUAAUAAAUUAGCAUAUUGUUCAAUUCCUGAACCAAGAUUACAUAUUCAUUUACAAAGAUUAUUAGAUCGUGGAUUGAAAAUUGGUAUUGUGGAUCAAAUAGAAACAAGUGCUAUUAAAUCAGUUGAAAGUAAGAAUUCUGCACUAUUCAAGAGAAGAUUAUCAAAUGUUUUCACUAAAUCAACUUAUAUUGAAUAUGAUGAAGUUAAUCAAGAAAAGGAUAAAAAUAUAAAUUCAUUAUUAUCUAUAGUGGAAGAAUCUGUUGAUCAAAAUGAUAAUGUUUUGAUAACUUUAGUUUCUAUACAACCCUUAACUGGUGAAAUUAUUUAUGAUACUUUCCAAGAUGAUUUCUUGAGAAAUGAAUUAGAAACAAGAUUAUUACAUAUGGAACCAAUUGAAUUCAUUUAUUUUGAAAAUGAUAUUUCUGAAUUAACUGAAUCUUGUUUCCAAAAAUUUAUAUCAAUAAAUUCUUCAAAUAUAAGGAUAAAUAAAAUUCCAAUUUUGAAGAAAAAGUUUUUUGAAUCUUAUUUAAAUGAUUAUGUAUUGGAUAAUCCAAAAUUAUUUGAAUUUAUAUCUGAACAAUCUAAAGAAUUCCAAACUUGUUGUUCUUUAUUAAUUGAUUACCUAAAAGAGUUUCAAUUAGAUUCUUCAUUUAAAAUUGUUACAAAUUAUUCAAAUUUUAUUCAAAAAAAUCAUAUGAUUCUAAAUUCAAAUUCUUUAACAAACUUAGAAAUUUUCAUAAAUUCAACAAAUAAUGAACAAUUUGGUUCUUUAUUAUGGUUAAUGGAUCAUACAAGAACAAAAUUUGGUUAUAGAUUAUUAAGAAAAUGGAUAAGUAAUCCAUUAAUUGAUCGUGAACAAAUUGAAAAAAGAUUUGAUGCAGUAGAGAAUAUUCAAUCAAAUUUUAAUCAUUUUUUAGAAAAUUUAGCAAAUUUAUUGAAAAAUUCACCUGAUUUAGAAAAAAUAUUGAAUAGAUUACAUUAUGGGAAAGUUAAAAGGAAAGAAUUAUAUAUUUUUUUAUUUAAAUUUGAAGAGAUUUCUAAAUUAAUUAUUAAAUUUGGGAAAUUUGAAAUAUUAAAUAAUCUAAAAUCAAGUUAUUUAAAACAAUUAUUCACUCAACUUAUUGAAAUUUCUGAAUCUUUAAAAAUAUCAAAUUAUGUUUCUAUGAUUAAUUCACCAAAUGCAAUGGAUGAUCAUAAUGAUGAUCAUAUCUUAAAAUAUUUCAAUUUAAAUACAUUGAAAAUUAAUCAAGAUGAAAUCAUAACGCAAGAUAUUGAAAUUUCAAAUAUAAAAGAUGAAUUUCAAAAAGAAUUACAAAACGUGCGUGAUUUCUUAAAAAGACCAUCAAUGGAUUAUGUUACAAGUAGCAGAGAACCUUAUCUUGUUGAAAUUCGUGCAGGUUUAUCAAGAAUUGUUCCAAAAGAUUGGGUCAAGAUUAAUGGAUCAAAAUUAGUUUCAAGAUAUAGAACUCCACAAAUCAUAAAACUGAUGAAAUUAUUGGAAUAUCAUAUGGAAUUAUAUUUAAAAGCUUGUCAUUCAGUUUUCCAAAGAUUUGUUCAAGAUUUAGAUAAAAAUUAUACUGAGUUAAACCAAUUUAUUAAAAUUUUAGCACAAUAUGAUUGUUUAUUAUCAAUUACAACCACAUCAUCAUCAUUAAAUUAUUCAAGACCAAAAUUUGUUGAUGAACAAAUUAUACAGAUCCAAAACGGUAGAAACCCGAUAAUUGAACAAUUAAAUACUUAUGUCCCCAAUGAUAUUGAUAUGAAUUCUUCUCAAUCUCGUUGUUUUAUUAUCACAGGUCCAAAUAUGGGUGGGAAAUCAUCUUAUGUUAAAAAGGUUGCCCUUUUGAUCAUAAUGGCUCAAUGUGGUUGUUUUAUACCAUGUGAAUCCGCAACUUUAGGUGUUUUCAAUUCAAUCUUAACAAGAAUGGGAUCAAAAGAUGAUUUAAUUAAAGGUGAAUCAACUUUUUUCAUUGAAAUGUCACAAAUUUUAAAUGUUAUACAAAAUUGUCAUGGAAAAUCAUUAAUUAUAUUGGAUGAAGUUGGUAGAGGAACUGGAACAAUUGAUGGGAUUUCAAUAGCUUCAUCAAUUUUACAAUAUUUAAUGACUGAAACUGAAAAAUCUUUGAUUUUAUUUAUAACUCAUUUCCCAUCAAUCUGUAAAUUAUCAAAAAAAUUCUCCAAGAUUAAAAAUUUCCAUAUGGGUUAUAUUGAAGAAAAGAAAACUGAGAAUGAUUGGCCAAAAGUUACAUUUUUAUAUAAUUUAGUCCCCGGAAUUGCUAAGAACUCUUAUGGGUUGAAUGUUGCUAAAUUAGCUUCAAUAAAUGAUGAAAUUAUUCAUAAUGCUUUUGAAAUCUCAAGAAAAAGACAACAACAAGUUGAAAGUGCACAAAAUUUGGCAAAUGAAAGGAAAUUAGUUGAAUUGUUUCCAAAAGUGCUAAAGGGGGAUAAAAUAGAGGAGAUUUGUGAUGUUAUUGAUGAUUUUGAUUGA